AUUUAUUCCAAAUAUACGGACGUGAAAACAAGGUGUUCCAAGAAGGGUUUUAUGUACACUAUGCAUUACAUAUACUGGAUAAUAUUGAUAAAGGUUUUGCGAUCUACAAUCGCAUUCAGCAUUACUGCAUCAUUUAUCCGUAUACGGACUGUUGAUAAUAGGCUAGAUUCUAGAACUGCACUGGCGGAUGUUUAUGCUCCUGAUACAAUAUCCUGCUUGGGACUCUGUUUACAUACUGCUGAGUGUGCGGCAAUUUAUAUCCAUCUGAACCAGACAAGGUGCUACCUCACGAAGGAAUUAAAUUCGGAUCCAUUUCUAUUUUCAAGUUCGCAAGGAAUGAUAUAUCUCCAGCAGAAUCCAAUAUCAUGUUUCUACACAAUAAUGACCUACUUGGAGGGCAAGAUGUGUAUUUGGCACAAUUCAAAAACCCUGACUUACUCCGAUGCACGUGACGAUUGCAAAUUGAGGGGAGGGGAUCUUGUCAUAAUGAAAACGAAUGACAAAUACGCAACUCUUCGCACAAGUAAAGGUGCUGGCUGGUGGAUUGGUGCGAUAAAGCAACCAAAUGGAACAAUUUAUUGGAAUGACGACUCCCUUUUCGACCCUAUUCCUCAGACAGGUUUCGAUAUCAACGUAGACGGCGAUGGAGACUGCAUAAGAACAGCUUUGAGUGGCGCUAACCGUUUUUGGAAUUUUGAUUGCACAGCCCUGCGAGAUUCUGUUUGUGAGUUCCCCUUCCUUCUUGUAUAGAUUGACGAGUUGGAAUAACUGGUCAAACAACAGACGUUAACGCAAUAUGGUGGUGAACCCAGACUAUUUGCGCCUGUUUGUACAUUGUUCUUAACCAAAAAGACAGUCUUCACAUAACACGCCCUAAAGAUCUUAAUCUUGUAAUUUAGGAUGGAA